GGUUGGUGGACGGAGGAGCGAGAAAAAGAGGAAGCAUGAAUCUGAGAAGCACCCAGAGUAUUUUCUCUUCCUUUUGAUCUUCUUGUGCUCACUGCUGUAAAACACAUUGACAUCAACAACUGUGCUGGAGUUUGGAGCAGAAAUAUGAAAAUAAUUCAGGCAUAAAUGUGCACAACUAACAUUUUUGCGUAAUUGUGAAUUUCUUCAAAGUGAAAUGAUGAACUCCAGACUCUCAUCUCUGAUCCUGCUGUUACACAUUCAAGGGUCUCUAACAUUGGACAGCUUUACUGUGAGCUGUGGUGAACAGAAUAUUUGUGCUGUGAGAGGGGAACAGGUGACACUGUGGUGCUCUUACCCAAACAUCAACAUCAAAACUGGAUUCUGGUUCAGCCUGAAACAGAAAACAAACUGGAGAAACAAAGAUGAACCUGAAGAUUUGACUUUAGAUUCAGAUUACUCAGGACGAGUGAAACAGGAGAUCAAUGAAGACUACUCAUAUAUCAUAAUAGAUGAUCUGAUAGAGAGAGACAGUGGAGAAUAUCAGCUCAUGAUCAUUAUGAAGGAUGGAGUUAAACAUCUCAGCUCAGUCACAGUCAAUCUAACAGUCACAGUUUUACAGGUGAAGAUGAAUCCUGAACCUACAGAUAAAGUAAAACUGAGCUGUGAUUCUUCCUGCAGUCUGACAUCUGGAAAUUAUUACUACUGGUACAAGAAUGGACAAUAUUAUACACACAGCACAAACAUAUUUGCACCAUCCAGAGGAAAAACUGACAGAUAUUCCUGCUCUGAAUAUGGCAAAUACUCUCAAUCCUCUUCUGUGUGUCCUUCUAACAGUGGCUGUUGGGGUGUGACUUACACCUCUACAAGAGUUUGUGCUUUAGUGGGAUCAACAGUAGAUAUUCACUCUUCAUACUCACAUCCCACUGGAUAUACAGUAAAGAAAACAUACUGGCAUUUAACAAACAAUCCAUCUACAGACAAAGAUCUGCUUGAGGAGCGUCAAUUUUCUGGUCGUGUGGAGUAUGUUGGAAACACACUGAGAAUCAAAGAUGUCAACACGAGUGACACUGGUGAAUAUGCAUUCAGGUUCAUCACUUAUACAUCAGAUGGGAAAUUUUCUGGUUUACCUGGAGUCACUCUUACUGUUACAGAUGGAAUCUCAGAUACACAGGUGAUAAGCAGCCCAAACCCUGUGAUAGAUGGAGAAAAAGUGAUAUUAAGCUGUUCAACCAAAUGCACUCUGGAUAGCAAACAUACUUACAUCUGGUAUAAGAAUGGACAACAGGUAACAGAUGGAUUGAGAUUAUUAAACAAGCUGUACCUGGACUCAAUCAACAGUGAGGAGCUACAAGAGUAUUCAUGUACUGUAAGAGAACAAGAGAAAUCCACAUGGAUACUAAACACAGCGAUCAUAUUGUCUGUGUUUCUGACUCUUGCACUCAUAGGAGGCCUGAUGUGGUACAGGAUGAGAAGCUGUAUCUUGUCUAGAAAUCACAAGGAUGUAAAGGAGGAGGCACAGUAUGACUUAGUGCACAUUGAUGCAGUGCCGUCUGAACACACACAGAAAGAAGAUUGCAAAUAUGAGGAUAUUCAUUAUUGUAGCGUUAAUUUUGUAAAUUCAAAAACAAAGCAGACAUCUUCAGAGACCACAAACAUCACAGAAAAUGAAGAUGUUCAGUACGCCACUGUAAUGUUUAGUUAACAGACUGUUGAUCAUUGCAUAGCUUUGCAAAGUGCUAUUUGCUAAAAAGGGAAGUUGUGAUUCUAUGCUUAGCCCAGCUUCCUCUUUUAGGAGAAAAUGCAUCAACGCAGCAAAAGUGUUGCACUCGCUGAGAUCAAAGUGAGAUUGGGGUCAUAGUGAAGACCGUUGUUUGAUAUUUUUGAUACUUUAUUGGGCUGUUUAUAUAAGUAAAUAAAGCCAAUUAAUCCCUGGUGUAUAUGGGAAACUUUUACAGUCUGUCACUAUAUUAAUUUUAAUGUUAAAGUUUUGUCAUAUACUGUAUAUGUUUUACUGUAAAAAAUAUAAAUAUUGAUUGAAUUAGGAUUUCAUGAAGUCAUUUCUAGUUUAGGCUUCUGGUAAAAUAUGUUUAUGUCUUGUUGCAAUCCUUACCAUUAAUGUACAGCAUUCUUAAAUGUGUGUAUGUACUGUAAACUGAAAUGCUAAUGUGAUAACAAAUGAACGCAGAUGUGACACUUUAAAAA